ACGCGUGACCUUACACAACCUUGGCAUAAGCUCAACAUUGGCGAACUGCACAUCUCAUUUGACAUCCACGUGAAUACAAUGAUAAGCUGUCAGCUCGCUCCACUUUUAUUCCCCAUUGACAGCAGUCAGUCAAACCCGCUUUUUUGGUCGAUUUUUAUCGCUUCGUUUAUUAUUGGUCUGAAGCGACAAGAGGAACAAAAUGGCGGUUCAAAUCUUCACCGUGAUUUGGCGGAUCUCAUCUCUGUGUAUCUGCCUCCUAGCAUGUGCUGAAGGAGUUCUUGAGAUAAUCCAGCCUUUUCCCGACAACAGCUAUCCAGUGGUUGGGGAGGAUUUGGCAGUAACAUGUGUUGCAUUUGAUAAAGAUAGCCCAAGUUCUAAACCAGUCAUUGAGUUUGCGAAGGCAGGGGAUUUUGGGGUGACACUUGUACCGAACCAAGGCCCGGCCGGUCAUACUUAUUACACAAACCGAACAGAAUUGAACGGCCGUAAAGUCUUCACUACGCUACACAUUGCACAAGUUAAACUUCAUGAUCGUGGGCGGUACGAGUGUCAAGCAAAGCCCGCCGAAGAAGCGCAAGCAAUCGAUAAAAUGGGAUUCAGUGUUUUGGUCAUUCAGAAAUCAGAGAUUCCGACAAUUGAGGUCGAGUUUGACGGAAACACCACAUUCGUCUGCAACAUGACAGACACGGGUACAAACCCGUUCCAAACUAAAGUAUCACAUCAAACAUGGACCAGGAACAACAAAACCGUCUUCUUUGCACCGCUCUCCGAUCAACUGGUAUCAGUUGCACAAUUGGAACCCUUAAAUUACAAAGGGGCGGGGCGUUACACGUGCGAACUUGGGCUCAAACUACAGGGCAUGCGCAAUUACACCAUAACGGCGAGCACUGAAGUAAAAGGUGAAACGACUAAAACGCCGCUCACAGCCGUUCAUUCAGGUGAAACGACUCAAGCAGCGCCGUUAACUGUCCAUUCAGGAUCGCGAUGGAACAACGAAAUCCUUUUCGUAUCGCUGUUGGGAACACUACGGUUUUCAUUGGCUGGACUCUGGUUACUAUAGAAAAGCCCAACGCAUUGUUCCUUAUUUUCUUCAAACCAGCAAGUCAAGGAGUGAUGACAACGCGCAAUGAGUUUCGGGACACGUAAACAAACCCUAGGUCAGCGUAUCAGGGCGCGAGAACGAGGCGGCCGAGAGGGGUAUGGGCUGGGUUUUCGAGGUAGAUAAAGAUAAAGAGGGCGAAUAUUCCACUGGAAUAUCAUUUGUCUGUAUUAUUUGUUGAGAAGGCUUGAGACCUGUAAAAAAUAUGUUAUGGUUUGCAAAUGAGACCUGAAAUACACUCGUGGUUUUGUGACAAGCGGAUGGUUACAUCUAUAAAGCAAAAUGUUCUUGGUAUAUACAUCAAUAAACAAUAUCAUUUUUUUAUUAAAAUAAUGUUAUUCUA